UGCCGUCUAAAACCUAAGGCAUACAACGUCCUGCCGAUUUCUGCUGUUACCCUGAGGAAUCUUUUGGCUGAAGGAAGGCCAAUCAGACGAAUCGGUGAACAAGGUUUUGCGUUCUUCUCUUCCUGGCGACGAAGUAGAGACAUUAUUUGAUGUUGAUUUGGAAAAUGCAAAUGUCAGAAAAGCUAUUGAUAAACACAUGCAAAGAGCUUGGCAUGGUUAUAGACGUACGUUAAGUGACCAUUUUAAAACAGUUGGAGGUGCAGAUGAUCUAAUUAAUGCAAAGAGUAAGCCUUAUGAGGGUGUUAGCAUUCCAGAUUGGGAAUAUCUGUGUAAUUGUUGGAGCGACCCUUCAUAUCUGGUAAUAUGUUUUAAACCUAAAGAUUUGGUGCAGUUAAUGAAUUUUACUUUUUUUAAGAAAGCAUAUUUAUGUCUUAAAGCUUACUCUAAUAGUGAAUAAGAUUUCUUUUCUAUAGCAUGUCUCUUAGUUUAUUUUGAGAAAAACAGCAGGAUGCAUCAUUAAAUAUUCAAUUCCUUUAUUCAUUACGGUGUCAUUGUAAAGCUAUUCUUUAUGUUUUGACUAUAUGUCAAUAUUUAUAAUCAUUACGGUGUCAUUGUAAAGCUAUUCAAUUACUGUUGACUAUAUGUCAAUAUUUAUAAUCAUUACUUGUGUUUAUUUCACAGCAAAUAGCUUUGACGAAUGCUGAAUCAUGUAAGAAAAGAAAAUGGACUUCUAGAAAUGGUUCUAAAACUACAGCACGUCAUCACAUUAGCUGUGGGGUUGAGUUAAAUGCUCCUGUUGGUCAUAUUGAGACGUGGCGUCUCCGUCAUUGGCAUCCAGAGCGUGGUUGGGUAUCUGUAGAAGCCGAAUCCAAAUAUGUAAGGGAGUGUUUGCAACUGCUUCUGCUUAAAAAAAGCACUUUUGGAGAUGUAAGGAAAAAGUGAAUAGUAGUAAAAGUUGAUAGUGUUUGAGAAAAAAGUGAUUUUGAAAAGUAAAAGUUGGUAGUGUUUGGUAAAAUAAGUGUUUUUUGUGUAAUAGAAAAGGGAAAAGCACUUUUCACACGCAAGUCGAGAAAAAAUAAAAAUUGGUAGUGUUUGGUAAAUAAGUGCUUUUUAAAGCCAAAAGUUGAGAAGUGCUUUUUUUUAAGCAGUUGCAAACACUCCCUAAGUGUACUUCACAAACUGUGUGCGUUAGACCAUGGCAUGUUUUAUUCUUUUUUUUGCUUUCAAGAAACUGUUUAUUAAUAUUAUUGUUCAAUAAAUAAUUAAGCAUCUCCACUCGAGAAUGUAUAUGAAAGAAGUUCAUUAGGCAUUGGCCACUAUUGCUUCAGGAGAUGGAUACUGUAUUUAAUAGUUAUUGAAACCUUUCUUUUCUUCAUUUCUCAUCAAAUGGCUAGGAAUUGAAUAGAUAAUGAACCACCUGUAUCUUUUAGGAACCAUCAGGCAUGCGUUUGCGAGGAAACUUAUGAGUUUCCACAUUUGCAAAAUUGCUGCUAAGUACAUGUCUCUGAAUGCCCUCAACCAAACUAUCUUGACACCCAGAUGCAUAAAAAGUGCCUAGAUUAGGACACUGAAGUAACAAUAUCUCUGGUUGCAAAUGUCUACAUCAAUUUAUGUUCAAAUCUUUUAUUCAAUGGUGUCGAUGGCAUCUUUUAUUCAAAUUAACUAGUUUUACGUUAUUGGCAUGAUAUACAUACAUGUUCAGAUGUUCAUAGCUAAUGAAUUGUUACUAUUUCAUUCAUACUUUAACAGGAAGAAAUGAUGGAGUUGAGAAGAGAAAAGUCACCUGAAGAGUUAACUGAUAAACAAAUAUUAGAAAAGGUGCUUGGACGGGAAUCUGUACGUCUAUUUGGUUGGGGACGGUCUCCCACCGAGUCUAAAAGAAGCAAAGGUGAUUCAAAUAUUCCCACAUAUACUCAACUGUUGGAUCGUGUUGGAGAGCAUUCAGGCACUGUUGAAAUGAUGAAAAAGUUGUUGAUUGAGAAGAAUAUUAUGCCUCCAAUGUCACAUGUUCCAUCAGAUAAUUGUUCAGGAGCGCUUUAUCGUGGGUCAUCCUCCGAUGGUCGAGCUCAGCACGUUGGCAGUUAUGAGGACUCGACUUCUGAAUAUGAUGACAUUGUGUAGAAGAUAAAUUCAUAUUAGUCCUAAUACUUUGGAGUGUGGUACUAGCUAGUUGUUUAAUUUUGUUUGACAUUGUUUGAAUAGCUAAAUUUUUCUGAAAUUGAAUAUUUUAGUUUGAAUUAUGACAUCUAUCGUUUUUAUUGAUUGUGCAUUGCAAUGUUCGCUAGUAUUAAAUGCAAUUGUUUGAUA